GGCUGGAACGCGGGCACCCAGCAUGCAGGCACAGUUCCCACAGAAGACUCUGCUCAGUCUAGUCCUCAGCCUCCUGCUCCUGAGCGCGGCAUUGGCUAUGCCUGGCUGUUCCAGCUCUUACCAGAUGCUCCUCAGCCAGCUGCAGAGACUGGCAAACGACACAGAGGACCCCAGAUCACUCGCAGAGCCAUAUAUGCACCACCAAAGCUUGAACACCACAACUCUGAGGAAGUCCUGCACAGAGCACCCUGCAGCCUUCCCAAGUGAGGAUGCCCUGCGGGCACUGAGCAAGCUGGACUUCUUGCACACCAUCGACACCAUGCUGGGCCAAGUCCAGCACCGAGUGGAGGCUUUAAAGCAGCAAUUUGUGAGGACUCAGAACUUCCCGCAGCUGGAGAAUGCUGAGUACAAGAUCCGGGGCAUCCGAAACAAUGUGUACUGCAUGAGCUGGCUGCUCCGCAGAUCCCAGAAGACACUUGAACCCACACAGACAAGCUCUAGGGCCUUGUUAUCCCCUGCCCCAACAUCAGACACCUUUCAGGCCAAGCUGGACAGCUGCCGCUUCCUGUGGGGGUACCACUCCUUCAUGGGCUCAGUGGGGCGGGUUUUCAGUGAGUGGGGGGACAGUUUGAGCCGCAGCCGGAGACACAGCCCACGACGGGCCCUGCACAAGAGAGCUCACGGGUUCAGACACUCCAGGAGCAGCCAGAGGCCCAUGCCCAGGAGUCAGCUUCCCUGGUAGCCUGAGGAUACACUGAAGGACACAGCACACUCUGGGGAUGCAGGGUGCUGCCUCUAGAGGUCUUCUGCUCUUUCCUCCUGGGCUAUGCAGAAGAGCACUUUAAGGGACAGUCAGUUUGUGGUACUUCCCCACCCCAAGCCUCCAGUUUCCCAGUCCUAGUGGGGUGGCCAGAUCAGACCAUGCAAGGCCGACUUUCCAUUGAUUCAGGGGUCUGAUGACACAAGCUGACUCACAACUGGGCUGACACCCGCCCCCCCCACCAAGGCCUGCCGGCCAUUCUCUCUCAUGACUUAAGGGUUGUUACCCCCAGACUUCCUCCUUUCUGUGGUGGCAGGGUUCCAAGGGGGAGGUCAAGCCCUGAGCUAGCCUAUGCCUCAUCGCUGCUCAGCCCAGACACCUGGACAUCUGGGUGACCUCACUUUA